ACGCAUAUAUAAAAGAAGACGACCGGAGUUUAUCGGAAAUAGUUCUACACGACGACUCCAAUCGGUCAAGUCACAACAACGGUGUGUCCGGAAAGCGUACACACUCUCUUAGAAUUUCUCGUUGAAAUCAUUUCGGCUUAAGUUUGAAAUUGAAAAAAAAAAAAAAAAAUCGUACUCAGAACGCGAGUGUAUCUUUUUUUUUGUAUAAAAUUACAUUUGUACGGCUAGAAAACUGUGUGAAAUUUUUGGGACUUUAUUAUUUAAAUAGAUGGAAUAAUUUCGUAAUUGGAUAAGUGAACUGAUCAGUGAAUCGUAUUUUCCUGUAUAAUACAGAAGCAUGACGCGAAAUCGGGCAGCAUUUAGUCUGCUCCUAGUCUGCCUUCUAAAUGUGAUAAAUGCUCAACAUCAGCCGUCACAAGGUGUGCCGACAUUUUUGCGAUCAUCGGUUGAGAGUAUUCCACUUGGUUCUGAUCAGAAAAAUGAAGCUCUAACAUCGGUUGUGUACGGUGAAACGAAUUUACCGCUACGAAUUGCUGUCGAAAGUAUACCAUCCGUUCGGGAGUCACCUGGAAAAUCGUUUGAUCGUGAAUCCGUGGAGUUUCGUCCACAAAUCGAAACACUUCGAUAUGAAGAAGAACUGAAAGUUGAAGCAAGUAACGUAAACCCAACGUAUCAACAAACUUUGAUGAAUGCGUAUGAGGCAUAUUUCAUACCGAAAACAUACGAUCCAUUAAAUCCGCAGCCCUUUCGUGCCGAGUCACCCUAUCAACAGCUCAUAGACACGCGAACGGUUCAAGAAAAUAUAUUGACACGAUAUCGUCGACCGGGACCAGUUAAACAAAUUGAUGCAAAUGAUAAAAAGGUUCUCUGCUACAUCACUAAUUGGUCAUUUUAUCGCGUUAAAGAUGGAAAAUUCAUACCGGAAAUGCUUGAUUCCAAACUGUGCUCACACAUUAUUUACUCUUUCGGUUCGCUUGAUCCGUCUACAUUGACUGUGAAAGAAUUUGAUAAAUGGGCUGACAUCGAUAAUGAUUUAUACCGACGAACCGUAUCACUUUCAAAAGAUACACCUGUUCUAUUGGCGAUCGGUGGUUGGGCAGAUAGCAGCGGUGAUAAAUAUUCGCGAAUGAUUAGUGAAAGUUCGGCUCGACGAAAUUUCAUUCGAAAAUUGGUACCAUAUUUACAACAAUACGGUUUCCAAGGUAUUCAUUUCGAUUGGAAUUAUCCAAGGUGCUGGCAAAGUGAUUGUCGCAAGGGGCCGGAUGGUGACCGACCGAACUUCACAAAAUUAAUCAAAGAAAUUUCGGCCGAAUUUAAAAAGCAUGAAUUAAUUUUGGGCGUUGGCAUUUCUGGAUACAAAGAAAUUAUCUUUAAAGCAUACGAAAUCGAUGAUUUAUCAAAUGCUGCUGAUUUCUUAACCGUCAUGACAUACGACUAUCACGGAGCAUGGGAAAAGAAAACUGGUCAUGUAAGCCCAUUGUAUGGCAAACCCGAGGACAAAUAUCCCCAAUACAAUACAGAUUACACAAUACAAUUGUUGAUUCGUGAAGGUGCCGACCCACGUAAAAUCAUAGUUGGUGUUCCAUUCUAUGGACAAUCUUUUACACUUACCGAAAAAUCAUCCCGUUUGAUUGGUGAAGGAAUUGCAGCGCGUGGUCCUGGAAAAUCGGGCGAAUUCACAAGACAGCCAGGAAUGCUGGCCUACUAUGAAAUUUGCGAUCGCAUCAAGAAUCGAGCAUGGCGUAAAGGAAGAGAUUCAUCGCAAAAAUCUGGACCAUUUGCAAUGCUUGACGAUCAAUGGGUUGGAUUUGAAGACGUAAAUUCCGUGGCCAACAAAGCACAAUAUGUUUUGGAUUCAGGUUUGGGCGGUAUUGCGGCAUGGACGGUCGAUUUGGAUGAUUUUUCAAAUCGGUGCUGCUUGGAAGCAUUCCCAUUGUUGAGUUCAAUCAAUCGCAUUUUCAGUCGGCUCAAGACUCCAAAACCAACGAAUGGAAAUUGUCAAAGACCAGCAGAACCAGUUACACCACCGGCUCCAGUAACAACAACGGUCGGUCCGGACGGUAUCCCUGGUCCAGCCUAUAUUGAACACACAACAUGGCCAAAUGGCGGUUGGAAUCCGAGUUCGACAACAUCAAAACCACCAUCAGAAUUCACAUGGUGGCCAACACAAUCAACGACAACUGCAUCGUAUACCACGACAGUGCGUACUACAAAAAGAACAACAACAACAACAACAACAACCGAAGCAACAACUGUCGAACCUGAAGAAGAGUAUAUACCUGUUCCCGUAAAUACAAUGCCUAUAUCGGGUGGUGCUUGCCCAGUUGAUGGAGAAUAUAAGCGUCAUCCACAUCUUUGUUCUAAAUACUUCCAAUGUGUGUACGGUGAAUAUAUUGAAUACAGUUGCGCUGGAGGUUUGCAAUGGCAUGAAAAAGGUCACCGUUGCGAUUGGCCGUCAUCGGCUAAAUGCCAAGAAAUUCCACAAUCUGAUGAAAUUAUAACGAAAAAACCAAUCGUUUCAACGACCACCGAACACAUGGAUGAUGAGUAUACAACACGAAGAACCACUCGAAAACCCAUCACAAUCACCAGAAGAACGACUAAAAAAGAGAUCACAACACUCAAACCUACAACACCCAAACCAUAUACCAAACCGUCUUCAUCAUCAGAUCCAUGCGAAAACGGUGCAUAUAAAGAAAAUGUCGACGACUGCGAAAGCUAUUUCAUUUGUGUGAAUCAAAAGUGGAUUCGACAAGAUUGUGGCUAUGGAUUCCAAUUCGAUCAAACGUCAUUGCAGUGUGACUACGCGUCGAAAGUACGGUGCAUACCGGCGAGUCGGUACUUAAAAUUUGUUGGAAAAUUAACAAAAGUACAAGUGGACGAUCCAUGCGAAGGUGCCGAUUAUGUACCAUAUCCAGGUAAUUGUCAAGACUAUUUAUUGUGUUUGCAUGGAACAAUGCAAGCGGGCAGCUGUGCAAGCGGUUUACACUGGAAUGCACAACAGAACAUUUGUGAUUGGCCGGAAAAUGCGAAUUGCGACGAGGAAACCGGAAAUAGACCAGUUUUAACGGAAACAGGAGAAAAUGAAGUUGGCGGUUACAUUCCAAUUUCAACAACAUCAGCACCAACAACAACAAAGAAACCAAAACCAAGCGUACCACGGCCACCGAUCAAAGAGUUUUCGGGUGAUUUUAAAUUGGUCUGCUACUUCACAAAUUGGGCAUGGUAUCGAAAGGGAAUUGCAAAAUACACACCCGACGACAUUGAUUCACGACUUUGUACACACAUUGUUUACGGUUUUGCUGUUUUGGAUUAUUCAGAACUUACGAUUAAAACCCAUGACUCGUGGGCUGAUAUUGAUAAUAAAUUUUACGAAAGAGUUGCCGAAUAUAAAAAUAAAGGCGUCAAAGUUACAGUAGCCAUUGGAGGUUGGAAUGAUAGCGCCGGAGAUAAAUAUUCACGUUUGGUUCGUAAUGCAGCAGCACGUGCUCGAUUCAUUAAGCAUGUGAUUGAAUUUAUCGAAAAGAAUAAUUUCGAUGGUUUAGAUUUGGAUUGGGAGUAUCCAGUAUGUUGGCAAACUGAGUGUAACAAAGGUCAUGCCGAUGAGAAGCAAUACUUCGCUCAAUUUGUACGUGAAUUGUCUGAAGCGUUCAAGCCAAAAGGUUUGCUCCUCUCAUCAGCCGUAUCGCCAAGUAAAACCGUCAUCGAUGCCGGGUACAACGUACCAAAAUUGGCGAAAUACUUCGAUUGGAUUGCUGUUAUGACCUACGACUUCCACGGUCAAUGGGACAAAAAGACUGGACACGUAGCUCCAUUAUACCAUCAUCCAGAGGAUGAAGUUGAUUUCUUCAAUUCGAAUUAUUCGAUUAACUAUUGGAUUCAAAAGGGAGCACCGCCAAAGAAGCUUGUGAUGGGUGUACCACUGUAUGGUCAAUCAUUUACACUGUCUGAUCCAAAGAAUAACGGUUUGAAUGCGAGAGCACCUGGACCAGGACAAGCGGGCGAAUACACACGAGCAGCCGGAUUUCUUGCUUAUUAUGAAAUUUGUGAUCGUAUCAAUAACAAAGGAUGGACAGUUGUUCAAGAUCGAAAACAUCGCAUUGGACCAUACGCUUACAAAGGAAACCAAUGGGUUUCAUUCGAUGACAAAGCGAUGAUUCGCCGUAAAGCUAAAUUUAUGCGACGACUUGGCCUAGGUGGUGGAAUGAUUUGGGCACUCGACUUAGACGAUUUCAAGGAUCAUUGUGGUGAAGGUGUACAUCCCCUCCUUACAGAAUUGCAAUCAGUUUUGGCAGAACCAUCAAGUCAAACCGAUGAACGUCCAGAUACAGCUGUGAUUGAACCAACAACGGAAGGCCCGAAACCAGAUACCGAAGCCGAAAUUAUCGAAGAAAAUCCAAACGAAGGUUCGGAUAUUGAAAUGAUAAGCGGCGAACUAAAUAUCCCAUCAUCACAAGAUUCUGAUUUCAAAGUCGUUUGCUACUUCACAAAUUGGGCAUGGUAUCGUCAAGGCGGUGGAAAAUAUCUACCAGAAGAUAUUGAUGCAAAAUUGUGCACACAUAUCGUAUAUGGUUUUGCUGUACUCGAUCGUGAUUCAUUAACAAUCAAGCCACACGAUACAUGGGCCGAUUUCGAUAAUCACUUCUACGAACGAGUCGUUGCGUAUAAAAAGAAAGGUGUUAAAGUUACAGUGGCUAUUGGAGGUUGGAAUGACAGUGCUGGUGAUAAAUAUUCACGUUUGGUUCGUGAUGCAGCAGCACGUGCUCGAUUCAUUAAGCGUGUGGUUGAAUUUAUUGAAAAGCACAAUUUCGAUGGAUUGGAUCUGGAUUGGGAGUACCCAGUCUGUUGGCAAGUCGAGUGUAACAAAGGUCAUGCCGAUGAAAAGCAAUACUUUGCUCAAUUUGUACGUGAAUUGUCAGAAGCAUUCAAACCAAGAGGCUUGCUCCUCUCAUCGGCCGUAUCGCCAAGUAAAACCGUCAUCGAUGCUGGCUACGAAGUACCAACAUUAUCGCAGUAUUUCGAUUGGAUUGCUGUUAUGGCUUACGAUUAUCAUGGUCAAUGGGAUAAAAUAACUGGUCAUGUCGCACCAAUGUAUUCCCAUCCAUUGGAUGUCACACCAAAUUUCAAUGCAAAUUUCACAAUCAACUACUGGAUUGAAAAGGGUGCCGAUCCAAGGAAAUUGGUACUCGGCAUGCCAACGUAUGGUCAAUCAUUCUCAUUGGCUGAAAAUAAACGUCAUGGAUUGAAUUCACCAACAUACGGCGGUGGCGAAGCUGGCGAGGCCACACGCGCACGUGGCUUUUUAUCGUACUAUGAAAUUUGUGAACGAAUUCAAAAGAAUGGCUGGCAUGUUGUUCGUGAUCGUAAAGGCCGUAUGGGACCAUAUGCUUACAAAAAAGAUCAGUGGGUGUCGUUCGACGAUGCUCUAAUGAUCCGGCACAAGAGUGAAUUUGUUAAAGCAAUGAACUUGGGCGGGGCCAUGAUCUGGGCGCUAGAUUUGGAUGAUUUCAAGAAUUACUGUGGCUGCGAAGAAUAUCCACUUUUGAGAACAAUUAAUCGGGUGUUGAGAAAUUAUCCGGGACCACAUCCAAAGUGUCAAUUAGAAAAACAACCAGAAGCUGAAGACGAAAAGCCGCCGAAUGAUAAUGAUGGGGUUGUUAUCGAAAUAGCUACAACAACAAUCAAGCCGAGUACAAGCCUGAAACCAAUUACUACUAAGAAACCUUUAACAACUACCAUUAAACCUUUAACAACUACCAUUAAACCAAGCACAAUUGACUAUAUUCCGACUGAUGUAGAAGAGCCAUCAUCAUGUUCCGAGCAAUUUAGCCCACACUUAUCCGAUUGCAACAAGUACUAUUUGUGCGACAAUGGACGACCUCUUUUGCAAUCAUGUCCACAUGGAUUGUAUUGGAAUCGGGAUUCGAACAAUUGCGACUGGCCACGAAAUGUUAAAUGUGAAGCAAGCGAAUUUGACGCCGAUCCAAACAGACCCACCACAUCGCCAAGACCAACGACAACGACCACAAGAAAACCACGUCCACCACCGCCAACGAAUAUUUCUAUUCCACUUGAAGAUGAUGAUGGCAAAUUUAAAGUCGUUUGCUACUUUACGAACUGGGCAUGGUAUCGUCCUGGAGAAGGCAAAUAUUUGCCAGAAAACAUUGACGAAAACUUAUGUACACACAUUGUGUACGGAUUCGCUGUUUUAGAUGGCUCUACAUUGACAAUCAAAACGCAUGAUUCAUGGGCCGAUAUUGAUAACAAUUUCUAUGAACGUGUGACCGCCUAUCGAAAGAAGGGAAUCAAAGUUUUGGUUGCUAUUGGAGGUUGGAACGAUUCGCUCGGCGACAAAUACAGUCGACUAGUUUUGAAUGAAAAUGCACGAUACAACUUCAUCACAAAUGUCAUUGAAUUCAUUGAAAAAUACGAUUUCGAAGGAUUGGAUCUUGAUUGGGAAUAUCCUGUAUGUUGGCAAGUCGAAUGCCACAAAGGAAAACCACAAGAAAAAGAAGGUUUUGCGCAAUUCGUAAAGGAACUAUCGGAAGAGUUCAAGCCCCGUGGUUGGUUGUUGUCGGCUGCCGUAUCGCCCAGCAAAAUGGUCAUUGAUGCUGGAUAUGACAUCCCAAAAUUGGCGAAAUACUUUGAUUGGAUUGCUGUUAUGACCUAUGACUUCCAUGGAAAUUGGGAUCGUCAAACUGGUCAUGUUGCGCCGCUCUAUUACUAUCCAGGCGACAAAUGGGACUAUUUCAAUGCAAACUUUACCAUAAACUAUUGGAUUCAAGGUGGUGCUCCAUCGCGUAAGAUAGUAAUGGGUGUACCUUGCUAUGGUCAAUCAUUUGUAUUGUCAAGCGCUUCGAAUUACGGUUUGAAUGCACCAUCAUAUGGCCCAGGCGAAUCUGGAAAAUACACACGCGCAGGAGGGUUUUUAUCGUACUAUGAAAUUUGUGAUAAAACAAAUCGUGAUGGAUGGUCUGUAGUACGAGAUGAACAACAUCGAAUCGGACCAUAUGCACACAAAGGAAAUCAAUGGGUGUCGUACGACGAUGUGGAAAAUGUUCGCGUUAAAGCGAAAUUCAUGCGUGAAUUGAAUCUUGGCGGUGGUAUGAUCUGGGCGCUAGAUUUGGAUGACUUCUCCGGCUCAUGUGGAUGCGGCAAAUAUCCAUUGUUAACCACAUUGAAUCAAGAACUACGCAGUAUUGGCGGUCCAAAAAUUGAAAAUUGCACAUAAAUUUGAUAAAAUGCAAAAAAAAAUUACUAUAAUUAUUAGAAAUGAAUUUAAAGAAAAACAAACACAUUUUAAUUGCUUAAAUUGCAAUAAUAUGCCAUAUUUCUCACAUUUAGUUUAAGAACUGAAAUUCAAUGAAUAUUGCGCAGGAAUUUCGAUGAAUCUCUUUUAUUGU